AUGGCAGAUUCCCAGCCCCUCCGUAUCGGGUUCGUCCCGGAGCACUUCUCCACUCCUAUCCACUUUGCACAGAAGCACUUCGGCCUCUCGGCCACCUUGACCCCAUUCCCCUCCGGGACUGGCCACAUGAUCACCGCCUUGCGGGCCGGGGAGAUUGAUGUUGGCAUCGGCCUGACAGAGGCAUGGGUCGCGGGCCUGGGCAAGGAAGACACACCUGGGGACGGUGGGUACCGGAUCGUGGGCACCUAUGUCGAGACCCCUCUCUGCUGGGCCAUUUCCACAGGGGCCAAACGCCCGGACAUCUCGUCCGUCCCGUCUCUCCAGGGCUCCAAAAUUGGCAUCUCAAGGCUGGGCUCGGGCUCCCAGGUCAUGGGCUACGUUCUGGCAGACCAACAAGGCUGGCUCUCGUCCGGCAGUCCCUAUGCAGACUUUGUGGUCCUACAGACCUUUGCGAAUCUGCGCAAUGCCGUCAACGACGGGACGGCGGACUUCUUCAUGUGGGAGCAUUUCACGUCCAAGCGGUACUACGACUCGGGGGAGAUCCGCAGGAUUGGCGAGAUCUACACGCCCUGGAGCAGCUGGAAGAUCGUGGCAUCUACGUCCAGCACGAAGCUCGGAAACGACCCCAGACUGAAGGACUUGUUCUCGAAGCUGGACCGGGGCAUCCAGUACUUUGAGCAGCACCAGGACGAGGCUGUCGAGUACAUCAGUACAGCGCUGGACUACUCGGAGGAAGAUGCGCGGGAGUGGCUCAAGACUGUGAGAUUCGCCGGCGAGACGGCUGGGGUUGACAUCAAGGUCAUCGAGAGCUGCAUCAGUGCGCUGAGAAAGGCUGGCGUGCUCAAGGACGGCAAAGGGUUCCAAGCACCGCAGAUGCUGGUGGAGGGUUUGGGAGAGCAGUUACCCAUGUGA